GAGGAAGAAGCAGGCUCCCAGCGGAGGAGCCUGAUGUGGGGCUCUAUCCCAGAACACCAGGAUCACGCCCUGAGCUGAAGGCAGACGCUUAACCACUAAGCCACCCAGGCGCCCCCAGAAAUAGCCCUAUGAAUGCUCAAGGGUAAUGAAUUGAACUGGCGAGCUAAUUUCCCCGGAGCGGAAUCUUCCAGUCUUCUUCAAGGGGAAAUGAAAGAAAUCAUGCCGAAGUUCAAGCAACGAAGAAGAAAGCUAAAAGCCAAAGCAAAAAGAUUAUUCAAAAAAAAAGAAGCCUCUCACUUUCAGCCCAAGCUAAUCACACCUCCUCCACCACCCUCACCAGAAAGAGUGGUUAUUCCUUCAGCAGAUACAUCCCUUAGCAGAAGCUGGCUAAGACCAUCCUGGAACUUCAGAUUUCCCAAUAUCAAAGAUACCGUAAAACUUUGGACAAAUAGAGUGUGGUCUAUAUACAAUUGCUGCCAGAACUUCAUGGCCCAGAGUUUAGAAAUAUUGAAAGACACCAUCUUUCCAUCCCGUUUCUGCCACCGAGAACUUCACAGUCUAAAACAACGGUUUUGCAUUUUGGAAAGUGAAUUAUGCAAGCUCCAGGAAACACUGAAGACUGUCUCAGAAAAUUCUUCCUGCCCAAGUUGUGGUCAAACCUGUCACACAAGUGGUAAACUCACAGAUGUGCCUGCCGGUGUGCUAACCACGCCUGGAGACUCCCCACCUGUGCUUCCUCCCACACUGCCACAGCCCGCCGCCCAUCUUCCUCCUCUUCCUCCACCCCCACCACCGCCUCCCCCUCCCCCUCCUCCUUUGCCUCCCCCUCCCCGGCCUACAGCACCUGUGCUGCUCAGAAACUCAGAUCGCACUAAAGCACUUCAGACUGGACCAUUAAAAAAAGAUGGACCUAUGCAGAUAACAGUGGAAGAUCUACUGACUGUGAAAUUAAAGAAGACACAGUGUUUUGAUGAAAGGAAGAAGCUUGUACCAUCACCAAAGGCACAGCAUCCACUAGUUACUGUCUCUGACCUGCAGCGUGUCACCCUGAAGCCCAACUCCAAAGUGCUAUCAACUCGAGUUACAAAUGUCUUGAUUACCCCUGGUAAAAGCCAGAUUGAUCUGCGGAAACUACUUAGAAAAGUUGAUGUAGAGAGGAGCCCAGGUGGAACCCCACUUACCAAUAAAGAAAAUAUGGAAACAGGAACUGGGCUGACUCCAGUAAUGACCCGGGCCUUGAGGAGAAAGUUUCAGAUGGCUCACCCUAGAAGCCCAACUCAAACUCUGCCACUUUCUACAAGCAGCUUUGAUGAACAAAACUGAUGCCAACUCUGCCAGACACCCCAUGAUGAUCCAUAAAAUACAGAUAAAAUCACCCCAACCCUUUUUUUAAUGUAGUAGGGUAUGUAUAAAUUAUUAUACUAAUAUAUAAUUCCAUUUGAAGAAUUAAAGUAUGUGCAGAGCCCCCAUACAUACUGUGAUAUAAAGUGGGUACUUGGGUGUUUUUUAGUUUGCAUGAUCAAUAAGAGAAUAGAUGGAAAAAUGCAAUCCUCAAAGUGACGUUUAUCCUGGAAUUACCCAAUUUAGGUUGGAGAGGUUGUUCAAAUUUAACUAGAUAACAAACUUAUACUCAAUAGGCACAGUUUUGACAUUAAGAAAAUAACCUGAUUCCUUAAAAAAUAAAAUGAAAUAACCCGAUUCCUUUUCUCCUUGCGUGUUCUCAGGUAAUUAAAAAGAAAAGUAAAAGUAUUUCAGACUGUAAAGCUAAUACAUUCACUAAGUGCUACAGACGUGAUCAGUAAAAAAGAUCCUCUAGAUUUGAUUUCUGUUUACUGUAAACAGUUAAGAGGUAAGACCAUCCCCCGUCCCAACCCAAUCAAUUUCCAAAUGUUUUUGAAGGAAAAUGUCCAAUAUAACCUUAAAAAUUAGAAUGUACCAUUUCUAGCAGCUAGAAAUGAUAUUUAGGUAGUCAUAUCUGACUCGCCAAAGUCUGAGAUACUCCUUUCUUUGAUAUUUUCUGUCUGCAUUCAUGCAGCUAAUUAUGUUUUACAAUGAUCUCAACAUGAACCUUGUAUUUUCCACAGUGGCCUGCCAAGGAUUAUCUGAAGUCCAUGGCAGAUUCUCUGUGAGACCUAAUUCCUGUCCUCAUCAGCCUAUAGCUUCAGUAACAGUAAUAAUGAACACCUCACUGGAUUUUUGUUCUUUCCUGCCAGUCCACGGUUGCCAGAUUUAGCAAUUAUAAAUAUAUGAGAGCCAAAUUUGAAUUUCAGAUAAAAAAAUAACUUUUAAAUAUAAAUAUGUACUGUUAAACAAUGGAUAGGCUUGGUGUUUUUGGUUUUUUGUUUGUUUGUUUAGUAUUAGUAUGUCCCAAAUAUUGUAGGGAAGCUAUAUAUUUAUACUAAAAAAGUUUUUCAUUGUUUAUCUGAAAUUCAACUUUAACGGGGCAUCCUUUAUUGUACCUGGUCACCCUAUCGGUCAGUCCCCUACAAAGUUGCCAAGUAUUUCUGGGAGCCCCCAGCUUGUCAGACAUGUCUGUUUAGUGGUGCACACAAUUAUGGCUUCAGCCAGGAUCCCCAUUACUAAUGUGUUAUGUAUCACAGAGGAAGGGGAACUCUCAAUUGGGUGAGUUCCUGUGACUGAAGGUGCAGGAUUAGCUUUGAUCCCCUGCAGUUCCAAGAAUAAGGGUAGCAGCUGCUCAUGGAUAGGAAGCAAGGUGUUUCAGAUCUUCACUGGACUUCCUAGCCUGACAGGAAGCAGCUACACGGAUGAUAUCCUUGAAAUAUCAUCAUUUUAGCAUAGGCUACAAAAGAUAUUUUAGUCAUUUCCCAGAAAUGCCUAUGUUUCCACAGAUAAGUACUGCUUUGAGAUGCCAAAUAGAGUGCUGUGGAAAGUCACCAGACUGGAAAGCAGACCUAGGGACAAUGUUUUGUUCUUAUGAGACCCACAUUUAUGUUUACAAACACAUUUAUGAAUGAAAAUUAAACAGGUAAUAAAGUUAAGAAACAUACCUGCUGGGGUGCCUGGGUGGCUCAGCAGUUAAGCAUCUGCCUUCGGCUCAGGUCAUGAUCUCAGGGUCCUGGGAUCGAGCCC